AUGGUCGUGCCGCCCUUUGGUUUCUCCAUCGGCGACUUCAUUGCAGGAACAGAUCUGCUCAUUACUCUUCUCGGUGCCUUCAAAGAGAAAGGCGGCGCUUCCACCAAGUAUGCAUCCGAAACGGCCUUUCUCACCAGCCUUGUGGCUUCGUUGAAGCACCUGGACGAAUAUGUGACGAGGACAUCCCAGGAUGCAAUCUCCAAGGAUAUGGCCAAGCUGCUGAAAACCAUUGACGGCCCUUUGGAUGAGUUUAAUUCAUUUCUUGACAAGUACAAGACAUCUCUGAGUUCGACACCAACCGACUCCACGUUGCGCAAGACAAAAGCGACGGUUUCCUACACGAUCAAAGACAUCUCUGGAAAGAUAGAUAAGCUGCGGAAACAGGUUGAACAACCCCUCAAAGCAGUCAACUCACUUCUGUUGCUCCAAGUCAUAAAGUCGAUGGAAAUACUGCCCGAAAAGCCGCUACAGCGAAGCCAAUUAGCACAAAUCGUGGAAGCUAUUAAAAUCGCUGAUAUUCCCGCCGAGCUAGAAAAGCAAAUACAGAUCCUGCAGCGCUCAGCAGCUGACCACAAUCUCAGACAAGACGACCAACUACAGCAUAUUAAAGAACUCCGUGCGAAACUAGAUGGGCAGAUCGCAGGACUUUAUACCGCGGUCGAGGAGGCGAAGAAUGCGGCCGCGGGAAGCCAAGUAAACGCCGAAACGCAACUGAAUGCAUUCAACGCGAUGCACACUAGCUUGUAUGCUGCCCUGGAAAGCCGUACGGAUAAACUGGACACGGCAAUGAAAGAGCAGACGCAACUCAUAUUGGCGCUGAGCCAUUUUUUAGAAGAGAAAGUCGCUUUGCAGGAACGCGUACUGGCCGAAAAGGAUCAUUCUGAAGAUGAUGAGGCAAAGGUCGAGAAGGCAUCUUGGCCUCCGGCAACACUCAGUGCCGCACAUUUGUCUCUCACGUUGUUGUCGACGGUGGUGUCUAGCAUUGUUGCCGUAUCUGCCACAAAGAGAAGUCAACUUGAUCAGCAGGCUGCCGUGAAGAGUAAUGGAGUUUCAUCCCGCGCAUACCCAGCUAGAGAGACAGCAAUACGCACGUCCACCGUCGAAGCUACUACCAAAACAUCGCCCGAGUCGGCACAGUUAAGAGGCGUGACAUGGGCUGCACAGUAUCGUAGUCAACGCGGCAUGCAAUCGUCUACACAGCCAAAGAAGGAGGACCAAGUUUCGGAUUCUUCAUUUUCGGGGGUUGGAGCUUGGACGAGCAGCUAUCCGGGCUGGAGUGAUAAGCUUUCGAAACUGGACGAAUCUAAUCCGGACCACUCGGGGGGAGGCAUUGGAAGUGAUCCAUUUGGUGGAACCUAUGGCGGUGGCCCUGGUCCGGUGAUUCCUUCAUCUACUCCGGCAUUUGGUAGCAGUUCAGGCGGAGCUGUUUCUGCAGACACGGAUUCUGACUCGUCUGUCGGUUAUUCUGGGGGGCAAUCUAGUAGUUCUAGUGACUCAAGUAGUGAUUGA